AAUAUAACUAGAGAAGAACAGAUGUUUUUUUGUGAAAGUUAAUGUCUCUAACUUAAUAAACCAGGAGGAGUGUGUGUGAAUACAACACACCCAGUUGGCAAACAGGGAGACCUCGCAUGUUUGUUUAGGUGUGUGUAUAUAUGCUUAGCUAUACCGAGGGAGCUGUAGAGUUACAACACUGGGACCCCAUUAUCAGAUGUGACAGCACUACAAAACUUUUACUCUGAAAAAGAAGUCAUUCUGAAUGAGGCUCUCAUGUUUGUGCAGAGAAAAUGGGGCAAAAACCAUCACAACAGUUGGCUCUGAAGGACAGCAACGAGGCUCUCAGCAUCUGUGAAGUGGUCACUGAAGCUAUCAUCCAUGCAGCUGAGAAACUGAAGGAGUAUCUGGGAUUUGAAGCCCCUCAGAGCAAUCUAUGCCCAGCUUCAAACACGCUGAAUGAGAUCUUCUUAAUCCACUUCGUCACUUUCUGCCAGGAGAAGGGAGUAGAUGGGUGGCUCACUACCACCAAGAUGACCAAGCACCAAGCCUUACUGUUUGGGGCCGACUGGGUUUGGACCUUUUGGGGAGCCGAUAAGCAAAUAAGGCUUCAGCUGGCAGUACAGACUCUGCAGAUGUCUUCCCUUCCUCCUCUGGAAUCUAAGCCUUGUGACCUCUCCAAUCCAGAAUCCAGGGCAGAGGAGUCUUCCAGGAAGAGAAGUAGAUUUGAUAAGCUGGAAGAAUUCUGCAACUUGAUAGGAGAGGAUUGUCUGGGCCUGUUUAUCAUCUUUGGUGUGCCAGGAAAGCCAAAGGACAUCAGAGGAGUUGUCCUGGACAGUGUCAAGAGGGACACAGUGAGGACCCAUCUGCCAGGAGGGAAGGCUGUGGCACGAUUCGUCCUGGAAACUGAAGAUUGUGUCUCCAUCAGAGAGCUGCUUGGAAACUGUCUGAGUAAGAAAGACGGGCUGAGAGAGGUGGGCAAGGUUUAUAUUAGCAUCCUCUGAACUGGAUAUGUGUGAUGAGACUGGCCUGUAAGAUGAAAAGAAAAAAAUACUUUAUUCUGAUAAGCAUGUUCAUCCGCUCGCAUCAUCCCAGCACGGAUUCCCCCUCUUCUUCCUCCCCCCAUGGAAUGAAAUGAUCACCCAGGUCAAAACACAUUAAUGUCAUGAUUAUGGAAAGGAAAAAAAAACUAGCCUAUAUUGCAGGGAAAACUUGCAAUUUAGCUUAAUCUUUCAUUUAUUUAUUCAAUAAUAGGAGAGGAUAAUAAAGUCACCCUUAAAGUUUGAUUUGCCAAAAGAACAAAAUGUAUCUUUGUUUGAAAUAAUGAGUCUAGCACUUGAAGUGUAAAGUCUGUUUUUACUGC